AUGUCAUAUACCUAUCACGAAAAUAUGAUUUCUUUAUAUAUUACUCUACCAUUUCCACCUCCUUCUCUCGCUGACUCUCUCACAUUUUCACAAAAUGAUAGCAAGAAAAUUAUUCAACUUUAUUCCCUUUAUAGGAAUAUUUUGUUAUUUUUUAAAAAUAUCAUUUUUCCCAUCAACGUCAUUUAUAAAGAUACUCGAACAACCACAACAACAACAAAUCAUCAAAGGAUUUAUUUUUGUAAAAUUUAUCAUGCAAGAUUUUUUCCUGUUAGGAAUUUAUUUGAAUUUUCUUUAUUAUAUUUUGGAAUUGAUUUAGAUUUAUUAGAGAAGAACAAGGAUUCGAACGGAUUUUUAUUGGGAUAUAAUAGCGAAACUUUAUUUAAUAUUAAUGAUAAUGAUUAUCUUGGGCGAAUAAAUCUUCAAGAUAAUGACGACAAAACUUCAAUAAAAGAUAAAUUACUUUGGCAUAUAGAAAAACAUGAUAUUUCAACCAAAAGAUUAAAACGUAUAGAAUUAGUGACCAUGCCAAAAAUUCUUAAUUACGCAUUUGAUCCACGAGCAUUUCAUAUAUCAACACCUACAUCUAACAAUCGUAAAGGAAUAUACGGAGCAUAUUGUAAAGAUCCCGCUUCAGGAUGUUUUGAUAUCAGAUUAGUUAAUAUAAUAUAUGCUAUACUCACUUAUCCUUUAGACAUUUUCUUGACUAUGCCAAGAAUUCUUAAAGAAAUAUUUAAAUUACAUUAUAGUAAAAAAUUGGGAAUUUAUCAUGAACCGAUUUCAAUUGAAGGAACUGUAGUAAAAUUGGAACCUACUUAUCUUGAAUUAUACGCACAAGAAGUUAUAAUUAAAUAUUUCACGAAUCUUAUUUCACAAAUUAACGAAUCACUUUAUAUUACGAUAAAUUUUUCAAAUUUUAAUCAAUCAACCAUAAAACUUCAAUCCAAUCCUAAUGAAAUAUUUUCACCAUUCUUUCAUAAUUCAAAACAUCUUAUAUUAAAUCUCUAUGAUUAUUCAUUUUUCACGAAUUUAUUAAUUAAUCAAAAUAUUUAUCGAGCUUUGAUUGUGGGAUAUUUUGAAAAAGCUUGGGAUUCGAUGAUAAGAAGAAGAUAUUGGAGUAAAAUAUUAAAAAAUGAGGAAUCAGGAUUAAAUGCGAAAUUAGAAUUUGAUAAGAUAUUACAUCAACAGUGGCCAUCAAAAGGUGUUGAUGAGAAUUUUAUUUCUUCUGUAAUGCAAAAUGAUGUUUGUUAUGACUUAAGAAUCGAUGGAGAGAUAAAAUCACAUGAAAAGGUAGCAAUUGCAGUUCGAGAAUUAUUAGCAAAGAAUGAAGAAGAUAAUAAAAUAGUGGCAUUAUUUGGAUAUGCACAUUUAUAUUUAUUUACUAUUCCUUCCAAUAAUUCAAUUAGACAUCUUUCAUCAUUAAUUUCUGAUAAAUUACAUUUAUUUCCAUUUCCACCACCGAACAUUUGGGAAAGAUUAAAAUAUAUUUGGAUGAUAUUCUCAAUGACAAUUACAUAUCAAAUAGAUUCCAAAUUUUGGCAAAUGACAACAGAAUUUGGGGAUGGAAUAAACGGAAAUCCUUUCUUAGAAGAAAAAUUGUUAUGGGAAGGAAUCAUUGAUAUAUUAAAGAAUGGAAAUAAGGAUGGGAAGUUGUUUAUGAACGUAUUGGAACAUCUUCAAUUAGCAACAGCUGAACCAUCAAUUCCAAAACUUCCAAUAGUAUUUACCUCCAGGAGAAAUUCAAAUAUCAAAUCAGAUAAACAACAAAGAUUAUGGUAUUUCAUGAAAUGUUAUAGAAAAGCCAUAUUAUUUAGAAAUGACUUUGAUUAA